AUGAGGGAGUUCAAUGCGAAGUAUUUCCCACCUCUAAUUCAAGAAAGGAAAGAAGAUGAAUUCAUUAGGUUUCGCCAGAGAGCUCAGACUGUCGCUGAAUAUGAGAGCCAGUUCACUAGGUUAUCUAAGUUCGCUCCUGAAUUAAUGUUGACGGAGCAAAGGAGGAUAAGGCGUUUUGUCCAGGGAUUAAAUGUCGUGAUUCAGAAGGACUUGGCUAUAGCCCAACUUAGUACCUUUAGCGAUGCGGUGGAGAAAGCUCAACGAGUUGAAAGCGCGAGAUUGCAAGUUAGAACCUUCCAGGCAAAGAAAAGGGCUACUCCUGAAGGUGGCCGAGGGCAAGAAGAUAUGACCACACCUCUCAAGUCUGGAAAGGGAAAUGGAGGAAUAAGAUUUUCGGGGAUAUCAAGAGAUGCCCCACAGGAAGGCUCGGCCUCUGCUUCCCGUUGUCCCUGA